UUGACACAAAAGAAGACAUCUGUAGUUAAGAAGCCGUUGAAGUCGCCUCAGAAUAAGGUAUUAUCGUCGGGCACUUCCAUCAGCAAAAAAUUACCGGCUCAUGGUGAGAAUUGGCCAAAGCAUGGCUUCAGUGGUUGUGGCGGCGAAGAACAGUCGCCCAUUAGACUCGUCACCGCCGACGCCACGUCUCAGGAAUUGCACCUCAAUUUCCGUAAUUAUAGGAAACCAAUACGUCUGGCAUUUAUAGAGAAUAACGGACACACAGUGCAAAUAGGUUUUAGUGAUAAAUUUAUAAUCACUGUUUACGGGUCGGCGUCUAAUAACAAGGAAUAUAUAUUCAGUCAAAUGCACUUCCAUUGGGGCAGUUAUAACGCUGUGGGCUCUGAACACACAAUCGACGGCUAUCGAGGUCCGAUGGAAAUACAUUUGGUUCACUAUAAUAGACAAUAUCCUAAUUUUGACGCCGCUUUGGGCAGAGACGACGGUAUUAUGGUUUUGGGGGCUCUUUAUAAAAUAUCUUCGCGAAACAAUCAGUUUAUGUCAACAGUAAUAUCGUUAGUGAAAGACGUUCCCCGAUAUAAAGACAAGGCUUUCAUAUUGCGAUCAUUCACUUUGAGAUCAUUAUUGCCCUCACGUUUGAAGCCAUUCUUUACAUACACCGGAUCUCUAACCACUCCUCCGUGUACUCAACAUGUCUUGUGGCUUGUGUUCAAGAAUACUGUGAACAUCGGUGGGGCGCAGAUAUCUUCGCGAAACAAUCAGUUUAUGUCAACAGUAAUAUCAUUAGUAAAAGACGUUCCCCGAUAUAAAGACAAGGCUUUCAUAUUGCGAUCAUUCACUUUGAGAUCAUUAUUGCCCUCACGUUUAAAGCCAUUCUUUACAUACACCGGAUCUCUAACCACUCCUCCGUGUACUCAACAUGUCUUGUGGCUUGUGUUCAAGAAUACUGUGAACAUCGGUGGAGCGCAGGAGAAACAAUUCCGUAAGUGUCGGAGCGGUUAUAAUAAUCCGAAGACUGGCCUCAAGAAAACCAUUUCCAACAAUUUUAGACCACUUCAGGCAACUAAUGAAAGACAAAUCCUACUCUCGGCG